AUGAAGGUCACAGUGGCACAUGUACCUCAAAGCAGUGUCUACAAGCCAGUGUUUAUGUGUUUCCUUUCAGAUCAAAGAACUAAACUGCCUAUGUGUCCCAAUGCUGCUCCACGACAAGGACUGCUUUCAUACUCAUUUGGCUCCAAAACCCUCAGAUGUCCUGCAGCCUACAGGCCCUUGGAAAAGGUUGGAAUUGGCUCGUGUAGGAAGGAGGAGCCUGUGCUGUGCAGAGCAAGUGGUUAUCAUGGACGGCAUGAAGAAGGUAGUCCAGUGCGCCCACGUAUUGUGACAGUGAUUAGGCCAUGUGGUGAACACAGCCUGCGGAAGAUCUCACUACUGCUAAACCGACGUGCCGUACAGACAUUUGAGCUGUUGAUGGCUGAUGUGUCAGAAGCUCUUGGCUUCCCAUGCUGGCACAGUGGUCGUGUUCGACGCCUUUUCAGCCCUGCUGGACAAGAGAUACACAGCCUCUCUGACUUCUUCCACUUUGGCAAUGCCUUCCUGGCCUUUGGAAUCAACCGCCCAUCCAUUAGUGAAGUGCAGGCCAUGCUGCAAGAGCUGUAUCCUGACAAUCCAGGUUACUGUGGCAGCUUGUUGAAGUUGUGGGAGCGGAUCCUGAGGCCUAAGGCUGCUAAGACAGAUAGUGGUUUCCAUGAUGAUGUGCCCCAAGAUGAUUCCACUUUAAAUGUAGCCCCUGAUUCAGUGACAAACCAACCACCAGCCAAUCAUUUGCAGCCAUUCCGAGCACAAGUUAGGCAGAAAGACAGGGGCAGGAGGGAGAGGCAGAGGGGAGAGUGGGACAACAGGGAAGAUAGGAGAGUGCACCAACUUCAGACAAAAGAGGAGAGGCGAACAGACAGGAAGAAGGAGCCAGUGUAUUGCCGGAGCUGUAGAGGAGCUGGUCCACCUGUUCCUCCAAUUGGAAACAAGAAGUCUGCUAAAUUGGAAAAGCCUAACAGUGAGUGCAAUACUCCUCUUUCCCAGGAUAUAGAAACCCCAGCAGAACAAGACAUGGCUAAAACAGAAAUGGUAGAACAGAAAGACUUAUGGGAAGAGCUCCCACCUGACGGGAUGCAAGUCCCUCUGGAGGAUAUCCAGCACUGCUAUGAUAUUGGGGGUGUGGUGGGUGAUGGGAACUUUGCUGUAGUGUAUGAGUGCCGUGUGCGUGGUUGCACCCAAACCUUUGCCAUGAAGAUGGUGGAUAAGGCCAAGCUGAAGGGUCGAGGUCACAUGAUACAGAACGAGAUCGCCUUACUGCGUAGCCUGGCACACCCGCGCCUAGUGCAGCUGCUGCGCUCACAUCACACAGACACACACGUCUACUUGUUAAUGGAGCUGGUGGCUGGUGGUGAUUUGUUUGAUGCUAUUGCCAAGUGUGGAAAAUUCAGCGAACCUUGUGCAGCCAGGAUGAUUCAGGACAUCAGCCAGGCUCUGGAGUACAUCCAUAACAAGAGCAUCGCACACAGAGACAUCAAGCCUGAAAAUCUUCUCGUCCAACGGCACAGCAAUGGCAGUAUCAAUCUAAAGCUGGCUGAUUUUGGAUUAGCCAUGGUAGUGACAGAGCCAGUUUUCACUGUAUGUGGCACACCUACGUAUGUCGCACCUGAGAUACUUGCUGAGACAGGGUAUGGUGUAGCAGUGGAUGUCUGGGCAAUGGGUGUGAUACUGUUUGUGCUGCUCAGUGGGUUUCCUCCAUUCCGUAGCCCAGAACGCAAUCAGGAGGAACUCUUUCAUCUCAUCCAAAAAGGAGAGGUCCAUUUCCUAUCGCCUUACUGGGACCAUGUGUCUGAGGGAGCUAAAGUUUUGAUCAGUGCUCUGCUAGAAGUGAACCCUACUGUGAGACUGACAGCCAGUCAGACUCUGCAGAACAGCUGGCUUCUUCAGGCAGCAGCACAGAGUGACCAGGAGGAGGCGACAGACACCAGCAACAUCAUCAUUAACAAGAAAGAUACUAUCAAAUCAGGAUGCACAAAACAGGAGGCACGGGGCAAUCAGCUGAAACUAGAUAUGUCAGCAGAGGUUGCUCAAGUGGUACAGACUGAAGGGAACAGAGAAAGCAGCACAGAUAAAUACAGAGAAACCAUUAUGGACCAGAAAGAUAAGCAGACUCCUGAGAGACCAUCACAAGUCAGAGAAAUCAGCAAGGAUGGUCACCUGCCGGAGGUAUCAGUAUUAGUACAAAAAGCAGAUAUACCAGAGUAGUCAAGGCCUCUUGGAUGGCCACAUUA